GGAGGGUGGAGAACACAUUAGCUUCAAAGGCAGAAGGAAUUGCAGGUGUUCCUGAGAUUUGGAUACGUCCUCCUCUUGAGAUGCAUACAAAGACAACAGUCCUCUGGGGAUGCUUCCUCCUCCUCUGGAAUCUCUGCACCUCAUCCUCUCAGACCAUUUACCCAGGAAUCAAGGCCAGAGCUACUCAGCGGGCACUGGACUACGGUGUUCAGGCUGGCAUGGAGAUGAUUGAACAAAUGGUAAAGGAGAAGAACAUCCCAGAUAUAAAUGGUUCCGAGUCUCUUGAAUUUCUGAAGGUGGAUUAUGUGAACUACAACUUUUCAAACAUCAAAAUCAAUGCCUUUUCAUUUCCAAAUACUUCAUUAGCCUUUGUGCCUGGAGUGGGAAUCAAAGUCCUGACCAACCAUGGCACUGCCAACAUCAGCACAGACUGGGAAAUCAAGUCCCCACUUUUCCGAGAUGCAGGAGGAGCUGAUCUCUUUCUUUCCGGGGUCUACUUUAUCGGUAUUGUUAUCCUGACGCGAAAUGACUCUGGGCAUCCAAUCCUGAAGCUCCAGGACUGCUAUGCCCAAGUGAGCCACGCCCACGUCUCAUUUUCUGGAGAGCUCAGUGUCCUAUAUAACUCCUUUGCUGACCCCAUGGAAAAACCCAUUUUGAAGAACUUAAAUGAAAUGCUGUGUCCCAUUAUCACAAGUGAGGUUGAAGCGCUAAAUGCCAAUCUCAGUACACUGGAAGUUUUAACCAAGAUCGACAACUAUACUGUGCUGGAUUAUUCCCUAAUCAGUUCUCCAGAAAUUACUGAAAACUACCUUGACCUGAACUUGAAGGGCGUGUUCUACCCACUGGAAAACCUCACCGACCCCCCAUUCUCACCAGUUCCUUUUGUGCUCCCGGAACGUAGUGACUCCAUGCUCUACAUUGGAAUCUCCGAGUAUUUCUUGAAGUCUGCUUCCUUUGCUUAUUUCACUGCUGGGGCUUUUGAUGUCACACUCUCAACCAGAGAGAUUUCCAACCACUUUGUUCAAAACUCUCAAGGCCUUGGCAACGUGCUCUCCCGGAUUGCUGAGAUAUACAUCUUGUCCCAGCCCUUCAUGGUGCGGGUCAUGGCCACAAAGCCUCCUGUGGUCAGUUUACGACCAGGUAACUUCACCCUGGACAUCCCUGCCUCCAUCAUCAUGCUUACUCAACCCAAGAACUCCACGGUGGAAACCAUCGUUUCCAUGGACUUUGUUGCUAGUACCAGUGUUGCCCUGGCUAUUUUGGGACAAAGACUGAUCUGCUCCUUGUCUCUGAACAGAUUCCGCCUCUCUUUGCCAGAAUCCAAUCGCAGCAAUAUUGAGGUCUUGAGGUUUGAAAAUAUCUUAUCCUCCAUUCUUCACUUCGGAGUCCUCCCACUGGCCAACGCAAAAUUGCAGCAAGGAUUUCCUCUGCCCAACCCACACAAAAUCUCAUUUGUCAAUUCAGAUAUUGAGGUUCUUGAGGGUUUCCUUUUGAUUUCCACCGACCUGAAGUAUGAAACAUCCUCAAAGCAGCAGCCAAGCUUCCAUGGUUGGGAAGGUCUGAACCGGAUAAGCCGACAGUGGAGGAAGAAGUCAGCCCCUUGAUUGUCAUUUGCACUCCAUCCCAAGGAUAAACAAUCUUAGUACCAUAGCUACUGUAAACCCAGAGGGGGAGGCAGUGCAUGCUGGAAUUUUAAGGCUCUGUGUGAAUUGCCUAGGCAGAAAGUUUCUCUUCUCAAGCCUUCAGGGACCUAGAACAUGGCAAGCUGUGUUAAAGGGCUGACUAGAGGUGUUUGAAUGUGAGUGUAUGCAAGCUGCGUGUGCCUGUGUUUGUGUUUGUUCGGGACAAAAAAGAUUCUGAGACAAGAGCUAAGCAUGUAUUUUGAACGGGUGGGUGAGAAACUCUUAAGUCCAUAUUUAUAUUGACUGUAUUUGUGUUUGUUUGGGUGGAGAUCCCUUCUGCUCUCUAGGGCUUUUCCACUACCAGCAUAUUGGAUGUUACUUUUUUUGAUGUUGUUUACUGUCCUCCUCCCCCAGAGCCUUCAGAUGAGAUGGAUGUUGUUUUAUAUUCGCUGUUAGUGUCCCCUGUGUUUGAUUA